AUGCUCGUCUCUAGCGGUUCGAUUCUGCGGACGCAGCCAAAGUUGACGAAGCGCCGCCCGCGCCUCGCUCCGGGUCCCGCCAGAGUCGACUCAAUAAUAAGCGGAGCCGCGAAAUCGCUUCGAGCGAAACGAGGCCCCGGGGAGGAGUCGGAUCGGCCUCCUUUUGCUUUCUUCGACUCGGACGGUCUCGCGCAGCCGACUUUUUCGCGGGUCGACUCGCUUCGGGAACUACAUUACACUUUACAUAAAAAACAUUGUGUUGAACGACAACGAGGCAUCGAGUUCCCCGGCGAAGACAUAAGCGAAAUUGAAUUACACAUAUUGAAAAAGAAAUGUGGAGCUGCUGGGGGGCGUGGUGCGGCCGAGACUCCUCCUCCGGAGCGGCUCGCGCACGGAGCGCGUUCAGUCCGCUUCGCUCUCCGCGGAAGGAGCCAGUGCGGAGUAGCUCGUGCGACGAGACCGUUCCGUCUUCGCGACCAACUUCUCGAUUACCAGCGAGGAUACUUCGCGAUACUUUUUCACGCCCGUAACUCGCAACUCGGUCGGGUUGAUGCGCUCGAACAAAAGUCUAACUGGACUUCGAGUGUAGCGAAAUGA